CUGAGAGCAAGGAUGCGAUCGUUCGGCAACGGGAUUUGGAGGGAGUUAAAUAGAGCACACGGAAAGCCUGCUGCCGGGGAGUGAAAGUCAAGGAGGGAGAGGGAAGGAAGAGACUGUAAUUGGGCAGUGCCCAGGGAGUCGGGUGGAAGUGGCUGCGGGCAGAGCCCCUCCAGGUCAUUCCUCCUCCUUUUGGGGCCGUGUGGCCAGGCUGGCUGGUGGAUGUGAAGACACGCUGGAGAAGACAACAAUGCUGCCUACAACUGCUGGCCACUGGUGGAGGAGCAGGUUCCUCAUGAGGUGGCAAGAGGCUUGUCUGUUCAGUUGUUGGCUGUCGCUAUGUGCUGCCGAGUCCUUCUUUGCUUGCCCUUCCUCCUGCAAGUGUAACAGUGGCAACCUGGAAGUGGACUGUAGCGGCUUGGGCCUCUCUUCCAUCCCCUCAGACAUCCCCGCAAACACCAGGACCUUCCUCUUUCUCAACAACAAACUCAGCAUCCUGCCGGGAGCAGUGUUUUCCAACCUCUCUGCCCUACAGAGGCUGGAUCUAUCCAACAACUUCUUGGACCAGCUCCCUCAGAACAUCUUCAGUGACCUGGGGAACCUCACGGAGCUCCAGCUGAGGAACAACAGCAUCCGGGCCUUGGACAAGGACCUGCUACAACAUACGGCCCUGCUGCGCCAGCUGGAUCUCUCCAUCAACGGCCUGGCCCAGAUACCCUCGGGCAUCUUUGACGACCUGCCUGCUCUCCGCUCCCUCUCUCUCAGGUCCAAUCGCCUGCAGAGUCUGGACAGGGUGACCUUCGAACCACUAACCAGCCUGCAGCAACUCCAAGUUGGGGAUAAUCCCUGGGAAUGCGACUGCAACCUCCGGGACUUCAAGCACUGGAUGGAGUGGUUCUCCUACCGAGGUGGGAAAAUCGACCAGCUGGCAUGUACCCUGCCCAAGGAGCUGAAAGGGAAGGAUAUGCGAAUGGUGCCCAUGGAGAUGUUUAACUACUGCUCCCAGUUGGACGAUGAGAACAGCUCUACAGUGCUGGACAAUACUGGCCCACCCUGCACUAAAGGAAGCCCAACUCCUUCCAAAUCUAAAUCGGGUCCAGAAACAGAAGUGGAGCCCAGUGUGGGAUGCCCUCAAAAACAGCGAUAUAGGCCUGUGAGCGUGCGCCGAGCUAUUGGCACUGUGAUCAUCGCAGGGGUGGUUUGCGGCAUUGUUUGCAUCAUGAUGGUGGUGGCAGCUGCUUAUGGUUGUAUCUAUGCCUCCCUUAUGGCCAAGUACCACCGGGAGCUGAAGAAGAGGCAGCCACUCAUGGGUGACACAGAAGGUGAACAUGAAGAGCAAAAACAAAUCUCUUCUGUGGCAUGA